AGAAGGCAUGUUGGUCACUUGACCAGUAGUGGAGGUCCACUGUUCAUGAUAAGUUUUCAUUUUAUUUUUAUAUUUCUUUGAUACACAUACUCGCCGGAAUUAUUGCAAUACCACAACUGAUUCACCUAAGUUACACUGAUAUACUAGAAACUAAUUGAUAAUUCGUAACGCUAGGCUUUUAAAAGAAAACUGCAUCUGGAUUCAACACUAACAUCUAUUUUGAAAGGAGAACCGUUUUGACAUUUUAAUUGUUUUCUGGAUAGACUGUCCUGGCAUAUUUAAUAAUGAGUUGUGUCAGUUCGCUUUGAAAAACCUUUCCAUUUGGUUUUUUCAAAACUGCUAAACUGUUCACAAAUCAUUAAAGUAUUAAAAACAGAUUAACGUGGACAAGGAAUGGAAUAUGGCUACAUCUGACCUGAUGCUGAGUCUUGGACUUAUUGAGAAAGAUGUAAAUGCAGUCACGCUUUGGGUUUGGUGCUAUCCUUCCAUUGGUGCUGAUCUGCGAGAGGUUCUGUUGAGAAAAUGUUGCCUGACGUUGGACAAUCGGGUGCUGCACAAGUUCGUGUUCGGACAGUACUGCAGAACCUGGUACUACAUCACCACUGUCGAGGUUCAGGAGCCAACUGCGCUUAAAAAGGUGACACAUUUCUCAAUAGUUGUCACAGCUAAGGACUUCAACCCUGAAAAAUAUGCUGCAUUCAGUAAAGUUCUGUGCAGGAUGUAUAUUAAACAUGGAAGUCCUGUGAAGAUGAUGGAAGGCUACAUUGCUGUUCUGACCAAAGGGAUAUGCCAGAGUGAUGAGAACGGUUCUUUCCUUAUCAAAGACUAUGAUGUCAGGAAGGCCUACCUGGCUGGCUCCAUAAAAGAUGUAGUAUCACAAUUUGGUAUGGAGACCAUCAUCCUUUACACAGCACUAAUGCUGAAAAAAAGAGUGGUGGUCUAUCACCCACGGAUUGAGGUGCUGCUGGAGUUCACAAGGGCCCUUCCUGGCCUAGUAUGGCAUAGACAAGACUGGUCCAUACUCCAGCCUUUUGUUCAUCUGGAUAAUAAUGAGCUGGAAAACCUCAAGCUGUGUACAGGGUACGUUGCAGGGUUUGUCGAUGCUGAAGUCAGAGACCGAUCAGACCUGUUUGAUGUGUAUGUAAAUCUACCAGACAGUGAGAUCACGGUCUCACAAAAUGCCAAAGAGGCAAUGGCUAUGGGAAAACUCCAUAAAGAGAUCGGCAACUUCAUUGUCCAGGCUGCAGAGGACACUGAUCGCACAGAUGCACAGGUUAUUAAGGAUAUUUCAGUAAAAACUAAAGAAAUCCUCAGUAAUCUGAUGUCUCUUGCUGAUGAAGCAGACAACUCCAAAUUGACUCUGGAGACUCUGAAGCAACGGCAUUACCCUCCAGCGACUGAAAACUUCCUCUUUCACUUAGCUGCAGCUGAGCAACUCUUGAAGAUUUGACCAAUCAGUGACCAUCCCGUCCAACUUGCAUGCCUCACAAUAAUAUCACUGAGAUAGGAACUUGCCUUUCAAAGUGGAAUCACAAAAUGAAUUGUAACAUUUGGAUAAUCUCUAAUAUCAGGGUUGUAGAUGGGAAAAUAAGUUUUAUUUGGACAAUAUAAAGAUAUAGAAGUACAACACGUAGCUAUAACAUGAUGGAUGCAAUUAUGAAUGUUGAAUGUUAUAUUUCCAAGUAAUAACACUGGUUUGAGGUGAAUAAUUAUUAUUAAUCGAACCUUUUGGUAGCAUUUAGAUCUUGAGCCAAUUUAUAUUUAUAUCUCUACAAGUAUUUUCAAGGUAUUGGCAUGUUGUUUGCAUUUUUAUAAUAUUUCAUAAUUGCACACCAGUAUUAAAGGGCUGACGGUUGCCUAGUUCAUACCUAACAUUUGUUCAGCUGUAAAAUAAUAAUACUGUUAUAGUAAUUGUUCAGUUAAACAAAUUGAAUUGCUCUAGAGGUAGAGGGUCUCAAUGAAAACUUUUUUACCGAACGAUUGAGUGCCAAAACCUAAUCAUAAAGUUAGGAUGACAAUUAACAAUCCAUAGGUGUAUUCCUGUUAGAGUACUUUUUAUGAUUAUAUACUCUAAUUUAAAUAUACAAAGUCAUUCCUGUGGGAUGGAACUUUGUUCCCACAUUUUGCAUUUCCACAUAAUACUGAUUUAAGCAUUCCUUUAAAUGUUUUAUGUUUAAUCUCCUUAUUAAAGGUUUAGUUCACCCAAAAAUUUUUAUUCUGUCAGUAAUUACUCACCCUCGUGUUGACUUUCGUUCAUCUUUGGAACGCAAAUUAAGAUAAUUUUGAUUCAUUUAUUGUAACAGCACAGCACACAGGCUCACUAUUGGCCGACGCUGGUCAUGUGUAUGAUGCAUGUGAUGCUGGCCAAAAGUGAGCCUACGUUCGAGAUGGUCCUCACUACAGAACAUGAAAUCCAAGGGGAGGAGUUGGAUCCUAAACCUACCCAUCUCCGCCUUUUAGAUCUGCAUUCAACUCCGGCCCCUGGAUCUCCUGUACUGCAGUGAGGUGCUACUGCUAAGUUUUGACUUGCUGCGCUGUUACACUACGUGAAUUCACUCAGAAGAAAAUGAAUAGUUGAAUAAAGUCAUUAUUUAAGUUUAUAGGUGCACAAAAAGCAUUCUCGUCACUUGAUAAACUUAAGGUUGAGCCACUUUAGUCACUUGGACUAUUUUUAACAAUGUUUUUUACUAACCUUCUGGGCCGGCAGGUUUCAAUCACAAUAGAAGCCUAUGGAGGAGUGAGACAGCUCUUAGAUUUAAUCAAGAAAAUAUGAAUUUGUGUUCUGAAGAUGAAAGAAAGUCUUACUGGGUUAGUCCAACAUGAGGGUGAGUAAUGAGACAGAAUUUUCCUUUUUUGGGUGAAUUAACCCUUUAAUCUGAAAACCCCUUGUUAUCAAGGGCUAUCCUCUGUGCCUAACUAAUAGAUCAUAGAAGAUUUUCUGAUAAUGUGUUGUGUGCAAUAUAUACUAAAAAAAGAGGACGUUUAAACUGUUUCUCUAAUUUCUUAAACAUUGUGAUAAUUUUCAGAGAGUUGUAAAAUGCUGUUUCCUUGGAUAAUUUUUUUAAUGCAUGUGUGAUCAUUAAAUAUACAAAACAAACUAUACAUGAGUGGCGAAAGAAAUUGUAUUGACCCUAACAAACAGAGUGAGGGAUAGGUAUAAUUGUUUAAAUGUUAUUAUUUAGUAAAAUCUAUUUCAUCUAUUUCAAUACAGUGAAUUUAGCUAUAAAAUUCAUAUGAAUUCAAACCUGUACAGCUCUACUUCUUAAUGUGGUCAUUAAGCAGUAGUACAGAAUUAAAUAAA